AUUUCCCUUUCAAAAGAAAAUAGCACUGAAUCUAGACUCUUGUCUCAAAUGUCUUUCACGUUAUGAUCCAUCCUUAGAAAAUAUUUAAUCAACUAAGCUUUCAUUAUAUAUAAUAUAGGAAAAGGUUUGAGAGAGGAAGAACAACAAAGAUAGUGAGUUUAUUAAAUCACACAGAAAAUAGGCUCCCCACCAAACACCAACAUAACAAACUAAUUAAAUGAAAGCAAGAGGAAGAAGAAUUGUGUAAAUUUUGUAAUGUUUUCUUUCUUGCUCUCAACGUUGCUUCAUUGGUCAUAUUAUGUUUUUUUUUUUAUGGCUGUUACGCUGUUUUCAUGUAUACGUUUUUUUUGUGAUCCUUCAUAUAUGUUUGCCUCAUCUUUAUAAUUUUGGUACCUCUCCUUUUGUUUGUGUGGGAGAAGAAGAAAAACCCAAUAAUUCAAUUUACUAAGUAUGAAACACAAGUGGACAGUAAAUUAAAGCAAGACUUUUCACUAGAUUACCACAAGUUGAAGAUAUGAUGAGUGGGGAGGAUGUUUCCGUGUGCACUCUCAGGCCAAGAUAUUGAAAAACAUCAUAUAGAAAGUUACAAAGAAAAUACAAACAAGCCCAAACGGGUCUUUUGAAGAACACAACACACACGGCAAAUUCUGUACAAAACAUGAACAAGACUUUGAACAACAUAUGCUUAAAAUGCUUAUUGGAGAGACUGCAAGAGAUGGGAUUAACGAGCAAUUGUGGUGACUUUGAGAUUUCUUCGACCAAAAUUUUCUGCGAACCAUUCUUGAUUGUGUGAAGUGAAGAUGCAUCCAAUCACCAAUCCACAUAACAAAUCAGGUCCAUACGCUAUUCCAGCUGCUAUCCAGUUGAACAUUUGUUCCUCUGACUCUGACACUUCCUCUGGUUGUUUUGGUGUAGGAUUUGGGACAUGGCUUCUUCCACAGAUAUCUUCGAAACCGUAGAGUCCAGGGUUGUCUAGGAAUGAAGAACAUUUCUGCCUUUGAAACUGUGUGCUACGUGGUACUGGACAUUGGAGAAGGUUAUGAGAGAAGUUCAUGCAUGACAAAAAGGAGAGAUCACCAAGAUCUUGUGGGAUUUGACCAGACAGCUUGUUACACGAGAGGUCUAACGUCUCAAGAUUUAUCAAAUUUGCCAAGGAUAGUGGGGUAAUUCCUUCAAAAUACCAAUGGAAUCAGGGAGUUUACCAUAAAUUUUGUUUCCAGAAAAAUCUAUGGCUCUGAAGUCUUUUCGGAUAUGAGCAAACCUUGUCACAACUCCUUUAUGCACCAUUUCCACUGAGUUAUAAUAGACAACAUAAUGAGAGAAUCCACCAUGUUUUACUCGUCUUUUUCUUUGGUUAGUGUGUUCAUUUCCCGCCAAUUGGAAAAAUACUUAGAUGGAAGGUUUCCAAUAAAAUCAUUGUGGGAUGUAUCAAUGACUCUUAAACUCUGAAAACCAAUGGACAUGUGGCGAUGAUACAACGGUCCAUAGGACUCAUUUGAUCUCAGGAUGAGAACAUGUAAUGAUGGCAGCGACCCUAACCAUGAUGAAAACCUGUCUUUGAGUUUGUCUGCAGAUGUUUGCAAUUGAUCAAGGACUUUGGAAACUUUCCCUCCAGCUGGUUGUUACUAAUGUCCAAUGACCGUAACUUGGUAGCAUUGGCAAAUAUAUCUGGAAUAACUCCACUGAAACUAUUGUUAAAGCAGAACCAGCUCUUUAAGAUCACCAAUGGAACUCCUUAGACAUUGAGGAAUCGAACUGCCGAAGAGAUUGUUAGCCAAAAAUAAUAAGUGUAUUUAAGCUUUCAUUCUCUGUUGUCAAGUUGGAUUAUCUAAUCUAUUAGGUUCAUAAACAUUGCUCUAUCUUGUUUUUUCCUUCUUUUUGCCAAGGUAAAGUAGCUCUUAGAUUAACUUAUUGUAAAUCUGAACAUCAUUAAUAUGAUAUUAGCAUUCUUAGCAAAAAAAAAAACAAAAAGGUAAAGAUUAACCAAUAAAUACAAUAUAUAAAAACAUUUAGAUUUGAAUAAUACAUAAAAUAAAUAAUUUGUUGUAGAUAUUUUUUAAUAUUUAUAAUUUUAAAAUGAUUAUCGUAUUUUGCCACCCCAAAUGAUAUUGUGUUUGUGGAUGAGCAGUUUUUGGUGUUUUACAAAGUCACAAAAUAUUUUGUAAACCGAUUUACAACGUUUCAAACAUUUCAAAAUCAAAAUCUGAUUUCAGUUAGCAUUUGCGGUUGCGGAUGAUUAUAAGAGAAUAAAUAAAAUAAAAUAUAUUUUUAAACUAAAUAUAUAUAUAAAAUAUAAAAUAUAAUUACUUUUUAAAUUUAAGAUUAUAAAAUACACCGAUAUUAAUAUAUAGGGGUUUCUUAAAAACCUCAGUGUAGAAUUUUUUUUGCAACUUUAUUCGUAAUUUCAAAAACUCACCGAUCAAACAUCAACUGUUGGUCAACCUGUAAUAUAACUCUCGACGGUGUAUAUGUAUAUAUCUUUGUGUAUAAUUUUAACCGAUGCCGAAUACUACGUCCGUUUGACUGUAUUCGUUGAUUAAAAAUUUGCUAAGAUGAGAUCGAACCGCUUACCAUUUGACUAACUCACCCAAAACACUAUCAAUUGAUAGUUAGAACCAGUUUUAAAUUGAACCGUUUACUAUUUGACAAUAAAAUAUUUUAUAUCUAUAUUUAUAUAGUUUAAAAAAUAUUUUAUUUUGAUUUAGUUUUUUGUAACCGCAAAUCAUAACUGGAACUAACUUUUGAUUCAGAAUAGUUUGGAGUGGUGUAAAACUGUUUAUAACAUCUAUUGUGAUUAUUGUACAACACCACAAAUCACUAUCACUCGUAAACUAGUGUUUUCGGAUAAUAGCAAGAAAAUCAGUCAAACUCUUAUAAGUUCAAUUUAUUUAAUAGAUAUUUUGUAAGGAAUGUAAUCCAUGUACAAUAUCUACCGUUUAAUAGUUUUCUAAUUUGAAUACAUUUAUUUCAUUAGAAUUUUACUAGACCAGGCAUUUUAUUAUAGUAAUGUACUUUUCUUUGGUAUGUACAAUUGGAUCAUAUAUCUGGAAUUUUUUUAUAUACGGUUGGAUUUGAAAUUUUAGAUAUCCGUGAAAAGUUAAAAUUUAAUAAUAAUAUAUGGUUUUCUUUUUUGGAUAUCCAAAUUUUAAUUAACCAUAAUAUUUUGUUGUUGUUGUUGUUUGUUUAUUAAAAUCCCAAAAAGGGUUUAACAGUAUUGUGAGAUUUGACUACCGAAAUGAUAUCUAUUCAUUCAAGAAAUGAAAUCUGAAUUUCAAAUAUUCAUGCAUGGGCGGAUUUAUUCAAAGAUUUGAAAUAUGAAAAAAUCCAAAUGAAAAUAUUCUCCUAAAGAAAACGUACAGAUAAGGACGCUAUUUCUGUUUAAAUUUUUCUUUUAAAAAAAAAAUUCUGGUUACAGCUAAGCACAUCAUUUGAUUAAAAAGGUAAAGUAUAAACUAAAUACAUUGUUCCUAAGUCAUUUCUAUACUCAUUUUCUCUUCUGUCAAUUGUUAUCGACUUAUUUAUAUUUCUUUUUUCUUUUUAAUUGUGUACAGCCUAGCACAUAAUGUGAUUAGAAGGUAAGGUAAACAAAAUAUUAAAGAAAACUUAUAACUAAAAAGAAACUAAUAAAUUGCAAGAUUCAAAAAGUGUUGACCCGGUACCAUUUUACAUACACUCAAUUAGACCGCUCCUAAGUCUUUUCUAUAUACCUAUCUUUCUCUCUUCUGUCAGUUUUCCUCGCUGAUCAGUGCUUGACAAGGUUUGUUAAAGAAGAAGAAGCUUUCCGAGUCUCCCUCCUUUUGGUUUGUCUUUUUCAAUCAGCGUAGAAACAGAGUUUCAUUCUCUCUUAGGUAAUGUCUCACUCGACUACUUCCCAGUAAACUUCGUAUGUCGUUGUCUUCUUCUUCUCGGUUUUGUUUAGCUUCUUGAAAUCACUUGGGGGAUAUGUACAUGAUAUGCUAGUUUCCUUCGUGCUUUUUUCAUCUUGCUUGAAUCUGAAACAGAGCCGGUCAUGGCAUGAAACAUUUGCAUGGGGUCCCUUAAUUGAUUAAGAAAAAUAUAUGUUUUGAUUAUUUAGUAAUUGUUACAAGUCAUAUAAACAGGCCAUGUCUGUAAAUCUUUACUUGGCUGUGGUACUUAUAUAACUCACUUUAUUUGUGUUGCUGAUACACAUCUCUAAUCACAGGUGGGCACUAUUCAUUUAGUAUUUCGUUUAGUGAUCUGAUAAUUCUCGAGUGGAUGUGAAAUGCAAAGAUCACGGAGAGCUCUUCUGCUUAGAAGAAGUGUUUCUGAGGAUGCUUCUAAAGGAAGGAACCGUCUCUACAAAGUUUCGUUGUCUCUCGUUUUUCUCGUAUGGGGGCUUCUCUUGUUAUCUACUUUGUGGAUCAGUCAUGGAAAUGAUCACAAAGGGAAUUCUCUAGCCGGUUCGGUACAAAAUGGUGAUCAAGAUGAUGUUAGUGCAGAUGAUACAUAUGAACCUGUUGAUGCACCAUCGCUAAAGUCUACUUCUGUUCAUAUACCUACAGCAGAAGAAAUCAAAAACACAGUUGAUGGGAAUGUUACAGAAAGCAAAGAAGACAUUAGGCUUGUGAAGCAAAGUGAGAUGGUUAAUAGCAACACAGGUCUAGACAAUGAUACAGAGACCAAUGCUUCAAAGCUUGACCAGCUAUCUCGUGAUGUUCCACUUGGCUUCGAUGAGUUCAAGAGCAGAGUGCCAACCACUAAAGACGAAUCUUUAGCAAACCAAGUCAGCAGUGUGAUUCACAGGAUAGAGCCUGGUGGGAAAGAGUACAACUACGCAGCCACUUCAAAAGGAGCAAAGGUCUUAUCUUCUAACAAGGAAGCAAAAGGAGCCACAAGCAUCAUAAGCUCGGACAAUGACAAGUACCUUCGAAACCCAUGUUCCACUGAAGAGAAGUUCGUUGUCAUAGAACUUUCAGAAGAAACACUGGUGAACACAAUCAAGAUUGCAAACUUUGAGCAUUACUCUUCUAAUCUGAAGGAGUUUGAGAUUCUUGGAAGCUUAGUUUAUCCUAGUGAUACAUGGGUUCAUCUUGGGAACUUCACAGCUUUAAACAUGAAGAAUGAGCAGAACUUUACAUUAGUGGAUCCUCAAUGGGUGAGAUAUCUAAAGCUAAACUUCCUAAGUCAUUACGGUUCAGAGUUUUAUUGCACUUUGAGUUUACUAGAAGUUUACGGAGUGGACGCUGUGGAACGUAUGCUAGAGGACUUGAUAUCUAUCCAAGACAAAAACAUAGUGAGACUUCAAGAAGGAGACAGUGAGAAGCCAGUACAAGUGAUAGAGGAACGGAGUAAACAGAAAGAGAAGGAACAAGAGACAUCACCAGAGAGUGUGGUUGUGAAAGCUGAAGUAUCAAUUGAGAGAAAGAAGCUGAUGGAUACAGUGGAAGAGGUAAAACAUUAUCAACCGGGAAGCAGGAUGCCAGGGGACACAGUGCUGAAGAUACUGAUGCAGAAGAUAAGGUCGUUGGACUUGAGUUUAUCAGUGCUGGAGAGUUACUUGGAGGAACUGAGUUCAAGAUACAUGAUGAUAUUCAAGGAGAUGGAUCUUGAGGCGAUCAAAAGAGACAAGGAAGUGGUGGCGAUGAGAAUAGAGUUAGAUGGAAUGAAAGAGAGUCAGGAGAAGAUGAAGGAGGAGGCCAUGGAGAUGAGAGAGUGGCGGAGAAGAGUAGAGACAGAGCUUGAGAGGACUUGUUAUGAGAAGGAGAAAGUGAUGGAAAGGUUGGAGCAAGUAGUGGAAAAGAUGGAGUGGAUGGAGAAGAAAGGUGUGGCUGUGUUCACCAUCUGUGUUGGGUUUGGAGCUUUGGCGGUUGUAGCUGUGAUUCUUGGGAAGUUGAUAGGUUUAGCAGAGAAGCCAGCUGACUUGGCUUGGCUUCUGUUGUUGAUAAGCUCUAUAUUUGUUAUGUUCGUUUUGUCUCUUUGAUUGACAAGAACCUCAGUUUUGGCCUGCCUUUAUUUUUUUUUUUGAACUGUAGAGGCAGUUGAGUCUUUUAUACAUAAUAAACAUUCUAGUUGAAAUGAAGAUCAAUUUUAACCA